CGCUGCCAUCUGCUGUCUCUUCUUGGUUUGCACCUCGCACAACCUCGCCGUAGUAUCUUCAUCUUCUAACGACUCGCUUGAUGUCGAACCCAAAAACGCCCAGCCAUCGCCGAGGGCGGUCGGACGCGAAGACGCCGCUGACGCCUUCGCUGGCAAACGGCAUGAACAACAUAUCAUUGAAUCCAUCGCCAACCAAGAAGACCAGAGCGCAGUCGCACUCAAAGAGUCGCGCUGGCACGAAUCCCUUUGACACGACCAACCCUUUCCUUGUACCACCCACCACGUCGCGGUCUCGUCCGCCCUCCCGUCCGCCUUCGCCCAUCAAGCGCAUCGCAUCUGGUGCCGGCGCGCUGAAUGACAAUCUUCAGUCGCAGGCCAGCGGUGGCGUCAUUCGCAAAGGUGGCUUCGAGAGCAAGCUGGAUGUCAUCACGCGCGACAUCGUCCCGCCGCCCCAGCAGCCCAAAGAGAAACCUGAUAAGCGAUCGCGUUCGACGCCUGCCACCAAUCGUUCUGCCGACACCAGGGAUCGCUAUAUCACGACCACAGUCAAUGACAGCGCUGACGAAGUGGCGGCUACCCUCGAGCAGAUGCACCUCGACGCGAAGUCGGCCUCGCCUGGGCAUACAGCCCGACUCGCUGUGGCCACUGGUGUACCCAUCAACAAGCGCAUCCUCGGCUACGCAGAGCCUCCUCCCAUGGCAUCAUCCAACAACAUUCUCGCGCAGCAGAUCGACGUCGCUCGGCCUUUAUACGCCCGCCCGCCUACCACCAACUCAUCGGGCGGCCUGUCGACCAAGGCUCGAAAGAUCUCGAAUCAGCCUGAGCGUAUACUCGACGCGCCUGGUCUGGUGGACGACUUCUACUUGAACUUGGUUGACUGGUCGUGCAACAACACGGUAGCUAUCGCUCUGGACAACUGCACGUACCUCUGGAAUGCCGAUACGGCCGCUGUCGUGCAAUUGGGCGAGGCACCGGAGGACUCGCACAUCUGCAGCGUGUCGUUCUCCCAGGACGGCAUGUUCCUAGGUGUGGGGUGCGCGACCGGAGACGUCGAGCUUUGGGAUGUCGAGACGGGCCAGAAGCUUCGCACGAUGGCCGGACACCAGGAGCAAGUCGCGAGUCUGUCGUGGAAUCAGCACAUCUUGUCCUCUGGUUGCGGGGAUGGGAGCAUCUGGCAUCACGACGUUCGCAUCGGUCGGCACAAGGUCAUGGAGCUAUUGGGUCACAAUGGCGAAGUCUGCGGCCUGACCUGGCGAGGGGAUGGAGAGCUGCUCGCUAGCGGUGGUAACGACAACGUCGUGAACAUCUGGGAUGGUCGUGUUGGCGAAGUACGCCCCGGCGCUCGCGGCAACGCGAAGUGGACGAAGCGGAACCACACGGCGGCGGUGAAGGCGCUUGCUUGGUGCCCAUGGCAAAACACUCUCCUUGCCUCCGGUGGAGGGUCCAACGACGGAUCGAUCAACAUCUGGAACAGCACAACCGGUGCUCGCGUUCAUACCUUGAAGACGCCCGCCCAGGUGGCUAACCUCAUCUGGUCGCCGCACAAGAAGGAGAUCCUCUCUACUCACGGCUACCCGACCAACGCAAUCAUGGUACACGCCUACCCGAGCAUGUCCCUUGUCGCAGACAUCCGUGAUGCACAUGACGGACGUGUUCUGUAUGCAACUUGCUCGCCGGCGGGUGACAUGGUUUGCACGGCUAGCUCUGGUGACGAGGAUCUGCGCUUCUGGCGUAUCUGGGAUGUGCCCAAGGAGGGCAAGAAGAAGGCGAAGGACCACGACGAGACGGGUGGCGGGAUACGCGGGAGGCUUGGGUCCACGAACGCGGACAUCAUGACCCUUCGCUAAAUCGCUGGACUUCGUAUUUUUGCGCUUUCGGUUUGCUUUGACUAUCUUUCUUUGUUGCAUGUAGGCAAUACACGGUGUGGAAGAUGGC